AAUAAUUAUGAUGUUUAGGAAAUAUUUGAGUGCUCAUAUAAGAUUAGCUCGUUAUGAUAAACCAAUAGGGGCUUUAUUAUUACAUAUUCCUUGCGUAUGGGGAACGAUUUUAGGAUAACCAAGUUUUAAUUUAUAGGAAAUAAUUUGGUAUAGUAGUGUAUUUGGUGUUGGAUCAUUUACAAUGAGAGCAGCAGGUUGUGUAGUGAAUGAUAUGUGGGAUAAGAAUAUCGAUAAUAAAGUAGAGAGAACAAGAUUAAGACCAUUAGCUUCAGGAGAAUUGGGUAUGAAAGAUGCUUGGAUUAGUUUAUUUGGACAUUGUUCAAUAGGAUUAUUAGUAUUAACAUAAUUGAAUUGGAAUACAAUAGCAGCAUCAUUUGGAAUAGUUCCAAUAGCAUUUUUAUAUCCAUUGGCAAAACGUUAUUUUAGUUAUCCUUAAUUGAUAUUGGGAAUAGCAUUUAAUUGGGGUAUAGUAGUAGGAGGUUUAUAAUUGGCAGGAAUGUUAACUCCAACAAUAUUAUUUGGAUAUGCUGCAGGGAUUGUGAAUACAUUAAUAUAUGAUACAGUAUAUGGUCAUUAAGAUAAAGAAUAUGAUAAGAGUUUAGGAUUAUAUUCAACUGCAUAUACUUUACCAAAAAAUACACCAUUAUAUUUAACAUGGGUAUUUUCUGGAUUAAUUGGAUUAACAUGUUAUGUAGCAUCAUAUCAUCCAGCAGUAUAUCCAUUGAUAGCAUUAAAUUAAUUAGAUAUGUAUUUAAAAUUGAAGACAACUAACCUAGAUGAUCCAGAAAGUUGUGGUAAAUUCUUUAGAGAUUACAAAUGGUUUUAAAUCACUAUUGCUUUAAUUUUUGGAGCAGGAUCCUAUAUGAAGUAAUGA